AUGUCUGGAAAGCUGCCACCAGCUCUUAGCAGUUGCUCCAAUCUCAACACCAUCAUCCUUAAAGACAACAAGUUCCAAGGAGAUCUCAAACGUGUCAACUUCUCCACCCUGUCUAAUCUAAAAUUUUUAGAUUGCAGAUCAAACAAAUUCACUGGCACAAUUACAGAGAGCCUCUACUCCUGCAGCAACCUUAUUGCACUGCGGCUAUCUUUCAACAACCUUCAUGGUCAAUUUUCAUCGGGGAUAAACAAUCUCAAGUCCCUCAGAUUCCUAGCUCUCGCUCACAACAAUUUUACAAAUAUCACAAAAACGCUUCAAAUCCUCAGUAAGUCCAGGACCCUCGCUCUCGUGCUAAUUGGGGGCAACUUCAAGCAUGAGACCAUGCCAGACUAUGAUGAAUUUCAUGGCUUUGAGAAUCUUAUAUGUCUUGCUAUAAAUGAAUGUCCACUGUAUGGUAAGCUACCUAACUGGCUGGCUAAGCUCAAAAAUUUGCGAGGGUUGCUAUUAGACAACAACAGACUCAGUGGACCAAUACCAGCCUGGAUUAAUAGCUUAAACCUUCUUUUCUAUCUAGACAUAUCCAAUAACAAUCUUACUGGUGACAUACCAACAGCACUGACGGAGAUGCCAACGCUUGAGGCAGCUCACUCUGACCCAAUAGUACUUAAGUUUCCUAUCUACCUGACACCGUUUCUUCAAUACCGUACAACCAGUGGCUUCCCUAAAAUGUUAAAUCUAGGAAACAACAAGUUCACCGGUGUAAUUCCCCCAGAGAUUGGCCAGCUACAAGCAUUCCUUACACUCAACUUGAGCUUCAACAACUUACAUGGGGAGAUCCCACAAUCAGUCGGCAACCUCACCAACCUGCAGGUGCUAGACUUAUCCUACAAUAAUUUGACCGGUGCAAUCCCUUCUGCACUGGAGAGGCUUCACUUCCUUUCCAAAUUCAACAUUUCCAGAAACGAUCUAGAAGGGCCUGUUCCAACUGGAGGCCAGUUUAGCACAUUUACAGAUUCUAGCUUUUUUGGGAACCCAAAGCUGUGCAGCGCUGCGCUGAUGCACCACUGUAAUUCAACAGAUGCAGCUCCGGUCUCCAUUGUCUCCACAAAAGAGUACACCGACAAGGUCAUCUUUGCGAUGGCCUUUGGUAUGUUCUUCGGUGUCGGAGUGUUGUACGACCAGAUGGUCCUAUUCAGAUAUAUUUAUUUCGGCUGA